UGCCUUCGGUCCCUCGUGCUUCCCAGAACAUCCCCGAAUGCACUCGACUGACGUCAGAUAGCCUAGAUCGCGGGAAUAUAUUGCCAUUAAGGGACAGCAGUGUUUAUAGGCUGGCGGCGGCGGCGGCAACGACGACGACAACAACAAGCCAUGGCAGACGACUCGGCGGGGCGUUCGACGCAUUCUUGGGCGAGCUUCUUUCCGUUCUCAUCCAAGGCUUUGGAUUCUCUGCCAGCAAGUACCCAGAGACCCAUUCGUUAUACCAGACAGGACGACAUCCCCGACACUGAUCACGACGUCGACGGAGAACGUCCCACCAUCCGCGAUUAUCACGCUAUCAAUUCAGUUCCACCUCAAGUGCGUGUCCCUAAAAAAGUUGCAACCUCGCUCAAGGUCGAAGGCAAAGUCUGGUUUGCGAACGAACGAACUUGGAUAGCAUGGCUCAACACUGCAGUUCUCAUUGGAACGUUGGCUCUUGCCCUCUUCAAUGCAUCUGACGAGCCCGUCGGACGCAGAUUUGCCUACGUUUAUGCUGCCAUCAGCGUCGGUGUUGUGAUCUAUGGUUUCGCUCUAUACCAGUCGCGCAUCUCUAUGAUUCGUAAGCGCGAUCCUAGCCAUUACGAUGCCAUCGUCGGUCCGGUCGUCGUCAGCGCUCUCCUCUUUUUCGCGGUUUUGGCAAACUUCAUCAUCCGUGUUCGGGAGCUACGCCAGCAGAAGGUCCCGAUACCGGGCAUGUCCUUCCCAUACCCCAAUGCAUCUGUCACUGUGCCAUGACAGCCGAAAGUUCGCCACCACAUGUAUGUACUGAAAUCUGCGAUUUUCUUACAUUUGGUUAUUGGUGGCGGGCGUCAAACAAGACUACUAGUAGAGUGUACUGUUGGGAAUUCACUGAGUUGCCAGGCGACUGCACGUUGAAGUCAGUUGCUUUCUAUUGCCUACACCUCCGGGGGAGUUCGAGGGUCUGGUUGACUCGUUCUUCAACAUACACCAGCCACCCAGGAAAAGCGGUAUUCGUAACACCAUGUCCAAGGCUUGCACGGCUUCACUUCACCCCAUGAUUCCUCCGAAGAGAUCAGAUAA